AAAAGGCGGAGCCUGUCCCGCAUCAGGACCAGUCUGACUGCACCUGCAUCCUGAGCUCAGAGCGUCCCUGGAGCAUCUCAAGAGGAGGCCGCAGCUGCCUACUAGGGACUGGACCGUCGCAGGAGAAGUCUGCCAAAUACCUUCCCCCACCCAGACCUAGAGAUCUACAGCUGCAGCCUCUGUACUGGGGUGGGGGUUUCCCAGAGUUACCUGACCUUUGCAUUAAAUAGCAACAACCUCUGAUUACGACAUGGCUGAGAUCACCAACAUCCGACCUAGCUUUGAUGUGUCCCCAGUGGUGGCUGGCCUCAUCGGUGCCUCUGUGCUGGUGGUAUGUGUUUCAGUGACUGUCUUUGUCUGGACAUGCUGCCACCAACAGGCAGAAAAGAAGCACAAGACCCCACCAUACAAGUUUAUUCACAUGCUUAAAGGCAUCAGUAUAUAUCCAGAGACCCUCAGCAACAAGAAGAAAAUCAUCAAAGUUCGGAGAGACAAAGAUGGCUCUGGGAGGGAAGGUGGACGUGGGAACCUGUUGGUGGAUGCAGCAGAGGCUGGCCUGCUAAGCGGAGACAAGGGCCCUAGGGGGCCCAGCUCUGGAUCUUGUAUAGACCAGUUACCCAUCAAAAUGGACUAUGGGGAAGAACUUAGGAGCCCCAUUACAAGCCUGACCCCAGGGGAGAGCAAAACCACCUCUCCAUCAUCUCCAGAGGAAGAUGUCAUGCUGGGAUCCCUCACCUUCUCAGUGGACUAUAAUUUCCCGAAAAAAGCCUUGGUGGUGACAAUCCAGGAGGCCCAUGGGCUGCCAGUGAUGGAUGACCAGACCCAGGGCUCUGACCCCUACAUCAAAAUGACCAUUCUGCCUGACAAGCGGCAUCGAGUGAAGACCAGGGUGCUGCGGAAGACCCUGGAUCCUGUGUUUGAUGAGACUUUCACCUUCUAUGGCAUCCCGUACAGCCAGCUGCAGGACCUGGUGCUACACUUCCUUGUCCUCAGCUUCGAUCGCUUCUCUCGGGAUGACGUCAUCGGAGAGGUCAUGGUGCCAUUGGCCGGGGUGGACCCCAGCACAGGCAAGGUCCAGCUGACCAGGGACAUCAUCAAGAGAAACAUCCAGAAGUGCAUUAGCAGAGGGGAGCUCCAGGUGUCUCUGUCCUAUCAGCCCGUGGCACAGAGAAUGACAGUGGUGGUCCUCAAAGCCAGACAACUGCCGAAGAUGGAUAUCACCGGACUUUCAGGUAAUCCGUAUGUCAAGGUGAACGUCUACUAUGGCAGAAAGCGUAUUGCCAAGAAGAAGACCCAUGUCAAGAAGUGCACUUUGAAUCCCGUCUUCAAUGAGUCAUUCAUCUAUGACAUCCCCACUGACCUCCUGCCUGAUAUCAGCAUCGAGUUCCUCGUCAUCGAUUUCGAUCGCACCACCAAGAACGAGGUGGUGGGGAGGCUGAUCCUGGGAGCUCACAGUGUCACAGCCAGUGGUGCCGAACACUGGAGAGAGGUCUGUGAGAGUCCCCGUAAGCCUGUAGCCAAGUGGCACAGUCUGAGCGAGUACUAAUCCUAUUCUUCUUGCCUCUAAUCCUGGAGCCAGGCUGGGGAGGGAUGUGGCAGGGAGAGAUGACAGAGAAGCGGACUCAAAACCUCAUUUUAGUUGUAGAAGAAAAUUUCUUACAAAACGAACCCCACAGAGAACACCCUACACCACAGCUUCAGAUCAGUUCUUAGUGGUGAUUUUUUUUCCUCCUUCACAAGGCACUAGAAAAUCUUUCUUUUUUUAAAUGGGGGGAAAACAAAGGGGAAGACCCUAGAAGUCUAUAUAUAACAAUGUAACCUUAUACUUGCAUGUCUAAUACAAACUGAAGAAAUUAGCCUAUCUGCCAUUAUCGAGUUGCAGAUUUUAAUCCAUGAAAAUUGUGUUUUGUGCCGAACUGUAUUUGCUGAUUACCUAAAAUUGGCAUCUUUUCAUUGGGCUUCUCUGGAGAGUUACUCCCACUCCCUACCUCUGCAGAAGAAAAUUUUGCUCUUGUAAAAUCUCAUAUUUUCAUCAUUCCCAUCUUUUCUCCCACCUUUUAUAUCUCUGCGCUUUGAAUGAGCUCAAGGCCUAGAGGUUUCCAUAAGCUAAGAAACAAAGGUGGGUGAUACGGCAGGGAUUGCAGGAGAAAGCAUGACCAGAAAUGGGGUAUUAUUGCUGCUAGCCCAGCUGCUGCAAAGGAGCAGUGGGCAGUUAUGUUUAACUGAUGUCCCCCAAUGAAGCACAUAGAACAUAUCACUUUUAUCAGGUAGAACUUAGAUCUACAAAACUACCUGACUUUUCUAAAAAGAGUUUUGGAGACUUCACAUUCAGCUGCAGUAAAGAAGCAGCAGACACGACCAGCUUACCCUAAAUGUUAUUUGCAGGUAUGAGGACAAGUAGAGAACCAAGGAAGUGAAUGCCACCCCCCUUUGCAGCUUUGUCCCAUAGUGACAUCUAUUUCUAGGUUAAUCUGUUGAAAGUCCUUGGAAAUUUAAAGGGUUACAUUGGCCUUUGGUUUCCCAGAAAUGCUGACUAUGAGGAAGCUUUAGGUCUUCUCAAGUGACUUAGAUGUUCUAAUGAGGCUAGUUUUGUUUCGUAAGGCAAAGGCCCUCAGAUUAUUCCUUCUCCUUGAAUUUUCAAAAAUACAGAUCUUUAAACAAGUAACCAAGUGACUAAGAUGUAAAGAUAAAUUUUCCUGUCCCUCAAAUUAAGUGCAUAUUCUUGGGACUUUAAUCUCAUGAUAUGGAAAGGAUGGGAGAUCUAGUCUUUCUGCUGUUGGGCAGUACAGGUUGAGAGAUUCAGCCUUAGACUGCAGUCAGAAUUCAGGUCUCUGUCCUACUGUAGCCACUUUCUUCAUGUGGAGACCAUGUGGCAGGGCCUUCAGUUAAGUGGGUGAGCUUGGGUGGGCAGUUCAUAGUUUUGACAGCCUGAAGAGGAAUUUGUGCAGCAGCUUGACCCAGGGCCUGAAAGAUGAGAUUGUAGUGUUCACUUCCUAACUUGCUCCUGAGAAGGGAGUGGAGAAGCUGAGUCUCCAUGGAGAGGGUGGUGACAUUGCCUUUGGUGUUCCCUGAGCUCUUGUGGAUUUAAAUCCAGUUCACUGCCCUCAACCCCACCCUCUACUUUGGUUUUGUUUUAACCCAAAUUAUUGACAGUUCAGAGCAGUUCUGUGCAGGCACAAAGCCCCUUCUUCUGUCUUUGUCCCUAUCACCCUUCCCCUCCUAAAAUCAGACUCAUCACCAAUUGGGGCCACACCACUAGUCUCUGUCCUCUAACCCAUGGAAAUGUAAAUAUUGUAUCAUACGUAGAAGAAAAUAAUUUUGUUUUCUAAAAAAUGCAUUUUGAGAUAGUUUAAAUGUAAAUCUGGCAGGAGCAUUCUGAAGCCCCAUUAGAAAAAAUUUAAAUGGUUCCUCUUCAUCGCCUUAAUAUCUAAAGAUCAGAAACCGCUGAGCAACCCGCUUUUGUUUCCUUUCCAGAAACAAUGCAGAGCGACAGGUGGAGAUAGUCUGGUCUUUGCCCUGCAGUGUGUGCCUCUGUAGCUCCUCCUGCCAUAAUCCAGGGGAGACAGCCUCACUCACCCCUGAUUCCCACCUCCUGGUAGCUUUAUUCCUUCCAUCCUUUGGGUCUGUGGAGCAGUGGGUGGUGAGAUGACAGAAGAACUGGCCACUCUAGGCCAGGAGCUGCCUCUGUGCCUUUAUCACGAAAAAGCAAAGAGGUAGCCAGCAUAGAAUUCCUCCCUCCAACCUCAGGCCUGAUCCAUCCUGCCCUGGAGUAUGCUGUCCCAAAGUUUCUUAGCUGACUUUGGCUUUAUUUAUUCUUUGCAGAGAAAACUGAUAAGGGUUGAGGCAGAGCGCCUCUUCCUAACAGUCAGUUGACAGACAAGAGAGUCAUGUCCUAGCAUUUGCACAAGGCGCUCGUAGUCAGGAAUAGGUUAGGCAAUGGUCACGUCUGGUUUUCCAAAAGCUAAUCCUUCUCUGUGGAAAUCUUGCUCUCUUUGAGAAGACAAGAGUUUUUCUUAAUAACAAAAGGCCCUUUAUGAGUUGUUCCUUCCUUCAGUUCCCAGUGGAGCACAGGCAAAAACAUACCUGUAUCCUGACAGUGCUCUAGGUAGGAAACCACAUAGAACUGCUCUGUGGGACAAGGGUGGCUUGCUCAGGAGAGGAAAAUGCAAGUCCCUUUUCUCGGAAGGCUCUCACAAUGGCCAUGAUAGUGACAUUGCCCUUGCCAUGAUCCCUCUCCAAAGUGUUCGUCUUUCUUUACCUUGUGUCUUCUCUUGUAAAAAUGAAACUCAAAAGAUAAACAUGUCAAAUUAAAAAAGAAAAACAUGAAAAAGCUAACAUGAAUUGUGUGAAAUUGCAUAAUGCUGUAACACUAACCUACAAUAUGUAAUGCUAUCUUGUAUGUUGAAUUUGUUAAUGCACUUACAUGAGUGCAAAAUAAAGACUGACUGAUUCACAUUAACUAGG